CAGACACGGCCUUACUGAGGAAAGUUGUACUUGUACGCCCAUAAAAUAUCAAUUUUUAGGGUAUUCAUAUGUCACAUGGAGUUCCUGUUGAUAAAAAUUUAGCAUGGAUUCAUAAACACCUUUUGUAAUCCUCCGCUCCGCCGGAUUGAAUAACAAAACACUUCAAAAGCAACAUCAAAAACUCGUUCGGAGUUCUUUACAAAAAGGGGAAGUCCCCAAAAGUUCCCCAUGAGCUACGUCAUCGCACACACAACACUUACCGGAAGUUUCGAACUGGCUUUCACUUUGGCAGUACAGUCAAUCUACGAUCAGCACAUCAUCAAAGCACUAGCAGUAGAGCACUCGUUUCUCAAAGACUGUUCUUCCAACAUCUGAUCAUCUGACUGUGGCAUUUUCUGUCUCUUUCGUGAUCUGUUGAAGGAAGUAAGAACCUUUCGUCAGAAUGGAGUUCGUCGAGCCAGCUAGUAUGGUCCUUACUGUGAUCCUCGAGAUACACAACAUUGUUAGUAAAGUACAGUCCUUUAAGCAUCGUAGCCAGACUCUUGCUAAGAGGAUCACAAACUUAGAACCAGCCAUCAAGAAACUCGUCAACAGUGAGAACAAUGCAAUUGUGGGCAGUGGUGCUCGCGAUGAACAGGGACUGAAGUUGUUCAGUCAAGCACUGGGGGAUCUCCUAAAACUUGUACAGGGUAUUCGAGACUUCCUCGGCACAUUGACAGAGAAAUCUUUCUUACGGAAAUUACGGCAUGCAAACAAGAUUGGCAACCAAUUCGACGAAUUCAGCGGGCAGCUGGAUGCCCUCGUGAAAGCUGUUCAUUUUAUAUUACACGUGGAAACGAGAGAGGUGUCGUUCGAUCGACUUAAAGAAGAUAGAGAAGACCAUGAGAAAGAUCUGCAACAUCUUCUUGACAUCACUGAAAAACUAGAAGAUCUACAAUUGGGUCUAGAAGUAAUCACUGCAAAGGUCAAUGAAAUAAAGAGAAAGCUGUCUGCAAAACCGGGCAACUGUUUUGACCAGGAACAUGAUGGUGGACCCAAAGAAAUCGACUCAAGUCGGCUAGAAAACAGAGAAUUGUUAACUAAAGGGUUUAUGGGAACAGUCUACAAGGCUUCGUAUAAGAAGGAAACGGUCGCCCUGAAAGUUUGUCCAGAAGGAGCGAAUUUGAAUAAAGGCGUUCUCCUUCAAGAAGUAAAGAAUCUGAUUCGCCUCAGUUCCAUUCAUGUUGUUCGGAUUUGGGGUGUAUCUACCACAAUAGAGCCUAUGAUCGUUAUGGAGUAUAUGGAGCGGGGCAACCUUCGUCAUGUCCUAGACAACACCGACGCAAGUCUGCUUCCGUGUCAUAAGCGCAUUCAGAUGGCUCUGGAUGGCGCCCUCGGACUUUAUUGCAUCCAUCACAUGGAUCGAGCCAUGCUCCACCUCGACCUAUCAAGCCAUAGGUUUCUCGUCAAUGCUAAGUGGGAAGUGAAGAUUUCUGAUGUGGGGAUGGCCAAAACUUACACGUCGAUCCGGAGACGGACGAAGCUGAGACGUCCCACCUCAAACAUGAACUACGUUAGCCCUGAGCACAUAAAGGAUGUAAACCUUGCCCCAAAUGAGCCCAUGGAGGUGUACAGUUAUGGAAUUAUAAUGUGGGAAAUAGCCACUGGACUCCAACCAUACGAAGGGCAAAAUGAUUUAGAAGUUACGACAUUUGUUAUGCAGAAGGGAAAACUGGCCUUUCCUUCAUUUGUGACAAAUGAAGGACUUAAACAACUGAUUGAUAAAUGUCAGAGCUUUGGCCCUCUGGACCGACCGACAUCUAGUGAGAUCGUGGACACCCUUAAAGGCUUGAGAAGUGCCCUCUGCAAAUCCAAUGGUGUAACAUGGGUGUAAGGUGACGAGCCCGAGAUUAUCUCUCUUGGAUCCUUCCACUCAAGACCUGUUCUUAUUUCCACCAGAGGGUAAAUCCAUCAAAGUCCACGAAACACCUUGCAGGUGACAGGGCCUUUAAAGGCAGUGGACACUAUUGGUAAUUACUCAAAAUAAUUAUAACAAGUAAUGGGGAGCUGUUGUAA